UGUUCGCAAGCCAGCUUUCGAAAAGCAGGUCCGGAUUCGUGUGCGAAGCGCCAUCAGUCUUUAUCGAGAUUUUGCCGGAUACGGUUCAAUUGUGCCGCCGCGGGGCUGUUUGCGUAGGUGAAAAGUCUUCGUAGGUUCGGGUUCCGAUUUGCCCUUGGUGUAGACUUAACACCAAAAAGUUUGGACGUUUCGAAAGUGUUUCGACGCGAGACAGUUUUCGGUUUUUUUUUAGUUUCUCAAGAAGAAAAGUGGAUGAGGACAAAGAACAAAAAACGCCGAAACGAGAUUUGCGAAUUCAAAGAGUAAAACACGAAUCCUCCACGCGACCCGCACCAACAGUUCUUUGAAAGCAAGUUUGUUCAAAUUAAAUUAAAUCACAUUAUAGCUCAACAUAUUAAUUAUAUUAAAGCACAAAGAAGAGUAAGGUCGACGCCAGAAACUAAACUACACAGAAAAAAAUCUGAACUUCAACUACAAGUUGCUGUGCUUAAGUGCUCUCGUUGCCUUCCACGAGGAAGUGCGGCAAAGGGCCUUUUGUGAAUCUGUGAAUGGGUGAGUGAGUGAGUGCAAAGAAAAGUGGAAGCUAAAGAACGAGCGGAAACUGCUCAACAACGAGGGUUUGUCUGCGAAAGUUUCUGCGAAUACUUUAUUGCCCCUUUGGCUGAUUUUAAAACGCAGAACCCUGCCCGAAGAUCAUCAGAAAAGGUCCCUUUUCGAACUAAAAAAAAACCUGCCAUCGCCACAACUUCGACAAGCCGAACGAAUAGAGGGAACACUUUUUAAAUGUUUAUUAAUAAUUCAUUGUUGCAGAUCGUCACCACCUUGCUUGUGGCCGUCCACAACAGUGGUGUGAUAUCCGGGACGUUUAUGAAUAAUGGCGCCGUUCGGUGUGGCACAUCCGCCGUUUGCCGUCCGGUGUCCGCCAUCUACACCAAGAGUCAGCCGACCAAUGGGUACGUCCACGUGGCCACAAUUCCGGCCGGGGCCUACAACAUUACCGUCACGGAACUGCAGAACAGUCAGAACUAUCUCGCUCUCAAAACGGCCGAUCACCAGCGAUUCCUCAUCAACGGAGACUACACCAUUUCGCUGAGUGGAUUCUAUCAGGGUGCAGGUACGACAUUCGAGUAUCGCCGAGUUGACGGCUUGAACAAUGCAUCUACAAGUAGCUAUCGCAAGAUCGAAGGUGUCACCGAAUGGAUCACAGCACCGGGUCCAUCCCUGGAGCCGGUCCAGCUGUAUCUGCUAUCACAACAACCCAACCCUGGUAUCAAGUACGAAUACUUGAUGCCCAUCACCACCAAUUUCGCAGAUUCGCAGAGUGCAUCCAGCGAAGAUAACCGUAUCGAUGAAGGGUUUUCUAACGACAUCUCGGAAAAGGCAAGCAUUCGAGCACCAAAACAACGAAUCAUCAUGAAUACUACGCUACCGUCAUCCAGUACGACGAAACCUCUUCGUAAGCGCAAAUUCCUAUGGAAGGUGGUCGGAUUUGGAGCCUGUAGCAAAUCGUGCGGUGGUGGAGUCCAACAACCAGUGAUAAAAUGUGUCCGCGAGGCUCCUACAAGAAUUUUCUCACCCAAACGCUGUGCCCAUCUUACGCAACCGGUCUUAAAUGAAAAUCUCCUUCGUUGUAAUACCCAGCCAUGUCCUGCAUAUUGGAAGCUGUCUGAGUGGAGUGAGUGCAACUGCGAGGAUAAAUUCAACGAAAACGAUGUCUUCAAAACCCGUGAGGUCAAGUGCGUUCAGGAGCUCAUAUCUGGGAUAGUUAUCCAGGUUAGCAGUGGUGCUUGCAUGGAAGAACAACCGCCGGCAGCUGAGCAGUGCGAUUGUUCCAAGCACUUCAAACCACCGCCACAGCAGGAAUCACACAAACGAAAACCUACUGUUAUCAACCAUCACAGCCACCACCAACAUCAUCACAAUCACAACAAUAACGGAGGAUUCAACACCCAGAACGACAUGGGCCAGGGCUACGGUGGACGACUUCCGAUGGACCGAAUAAGCCAACGAGUGGAAGCGAAGAAAACCGGCAUCUGGCUGACAGCCGACUGGAGUGAUCGCUGCUCGGCUUCGUGCGGUGUAGGACUGCAGACACGAUCGAUUUUCUGCGAUCGCAGCUCGUCGACAAAUUCGGAACGGUGUGAUUUGCGAUUCACUCCCGACACGACCAGAGAGUGUACCAGCGAUCGAGCUUGUGAGUUCGGCGAAUGGUUUGCUGGACCAUGGGGUUUGUGCUCUGGCGACUGCUUCAACCUGACCCGGUCUCGAACUGUGCUUUGUAUUCGAAAUGAUAACUUCGUAACGGAUAACGAGUGUGACGACAACGUACGACCGAAGUCCGUCGAAACGUGCGACAUUGAAACGAUCGACGAUUGCAAACCUCGGUGGCAUUAUUCCGAGUGGAGUGAGUGCACCAAAACAUGUGACGGUGGCAAUCAGCGACGUGUGGUCAAGUGUCUCGAGUUCAAUCUUCGAGAUAAGGUCAUGCAAGAAUCUGCUAGCUGUCGGUAUUCAGAUCGUCCUGGAGCCUACCGGGCUUGUAACGAAGAACCGUGUCCCACAUCAACCACGAUCCGGAGCAGUACAACGACAGCCAUUUCGUCUCCGAUCGAUGUUGAACCCCGAGUCGACAUGAUCCAGAAUGAUGCCGGUUGUCGGGAUGACUUCCCCAACUGUAGCAUCGUGUUGAAGGCCAAACUUUGCAGCUAUGCGUACUACAGUCAGGCUUGUUGCCAGACGUGUCGAAAUCGAUCUAACGAGCUGUACUAGCUCGGUUCCUGUGGCCAUAGUUUGAAAACAGAAACUUAGUGAAUUUUAAAUCAGUAAAUUAAUUUAAGUUAUUGUUUCUCCUAUCUUUCCACAAGAUUGUGAAUUUUUCUGCAUCCUUCUACCCUAUUUCACCAUUCAUCCAUCCAAUGAUUUACUAAAGAUCGAAACCUUUAAAGUAACGAGAAAUUAUAAAGUUUUGUAACAUUAUAUAUAAAAAUUUAUAAUUAGAAAACAAGUAAUUUUAAGAAACCGAAAUGACUGUGAAAAUUUUAAUGUAAAGCGGACCUUCCGAAUACAGCAGCGUGAACAAAACUAAACGUUACAUGCAAAAGUCAAUAUUCUCAUGUUUAACCCAACAAAAAAAACUCACACAUACUUACGCCAUUUUGUGAAAAGAAGCCAUAUUGUAAAUGUACCCCGCAUUGAUUGUGUGCUGCAGAGCACCAUUAACCCCACAGUGUGUGCCCCUCCUGAGGUGUAGAACAGAAAAGAUCACCUUAAUCUCUGUAGCUACUGAACCUACCCCGAUGAGCGAACAAUCUAUGUAAAACUUUAACCAGGAUAUCAGAUUUUCUACACACGCAAAUCGCGGGAGUUUAUCUCGGAACAGAGCCAUCAUCAGAGAACUAAUGUAAGAUUUAAUGAACACGUUAUUCGUUGUACAAUUUCUGACAAAUCUGUAGAAGUUUACGAAAGAGAAUUUGACAGUAGAUGAGAAGCAUCAGAGUAAUCACAAAUCAAACGUUCUUCAAAUGCGAACAAACUUACUGUAACUGAGUGAAACCUCCUUUCUAGAGGAUAGAACAAAGAUGAGUUGUUACAAAGCCGGAUAUAUCAAACGAUCAAAAUAACAAACAACAACAUAAAAGUGAAUCUGUAUAUUAAGUGCAUCAAAGAACCAUACUAACAUGGACAUUGGAGGAAACAUUACAUUUGAAUAAACAACUAGAAUUUCAAUCACCAA